CUUGCGAGCGAUAUGAACUGACUGACUUUCCUGCUUUUCUCCUAUCCUCAACCUUGCAUCCCAAAUGCCAUCCGAAAUCCACACUGCUGUAUCAUCAUUGGGAAUGAAUCUCGGCGCUAUUUACGUUGGUUCAACAGUUGCUGCCAUCCUAUUUGGAAUAACGAAUCUGCAAACGCUCAUAUACUACAAGAAAUACCCAGAUGAUUGGUGGAUAUAUCGAUACUCCGUUGCAAUACUUUGGGUUCUCGACGUUCUUCAUAUUGUUCUGAGUAUGCAUGCAGUAUAUCACUAUCUCGUUGACUUGUUCGGUGACUACCUGGGGCUGUUUCAUAUCAUAUGGAGCUUUAAGCUUCAAUUAUUGAUAUGUCUGAUCAUCUGCAUAUGGGUCGAAGCUUUAUAUGCUGUCAGGAUCUGGAAACUUACCGCUUUGGGUUCUGGAAUUUACUCAGUCUAUGACGCAUACUCCAUAUCCAAUUUCCUGUUAAUACCGACGAUCAAGGGAUCAAUUUGUGUCCUUUUUUCCGUCGCUGUCACUUCUGAUUUUGUAAUUGCCCUCUCAAUGUGUUACUAUCUUCACAAACGCAGGCAGGCUUCAGCGUUCACCAGCACUUCUGAUAUGCUCUUUAGCUUGAUGCGGCUGGUCGUGAUAUCUGGCUUAGCCACGAGUGCAUGCUCAUUAUUCACUCUCAUUACGUAUCUGGUGUGGCAAAACUCCCUUGUUUUUCUCGGUGUCGAUUUAAUCUUAUCGAAAUUAUAUGUCAACUCAUUGCUUGCUAUGUUAAAUUCUCGGCGGGUCCAUGAAGCACAUACAAAUAGUGGAUAUUCUGGACCAAAAGUCGCCAGGAUCACAUAUCGCGACUGUGGUACUAAAGCAAACAAUAGUAUUCCACAGAUGGACAGCAUUGCAUCUUUGGAUCAUGCAAAGGAGGGUGUAGAUUUCCCCGUGUGAGCAUAAAAUUUUAGGCCGUGUGUAUGAAUUAUGUACUUGUAAAUUUGGGAUCCGAG